GCCCACCGCUGCCCCGCCCCGUUCCCAGUCCCAACCGCCAACGGCCACGGGCACGUGAGGGGCCCGCUCGCCCCGCAUCCUGGAUCCGCGCUCCCGCAGCCCCCGCGGCCCCAGGUGCGUCCCCCUGAAGAGGCCUGAGCCCGCGCCCCCUCCGACAACUGAAACGUCAGCCGACAUCGAUAUCCCCGCGGUCCCCGGGCCCGGCCUAGGGGUCUGCAGGAGGGGAGAGGGACCGUGGGUCCCCUAGUCAGGGCCUCGGAGACCGCGGGGCCCCUCCCGGGUGCUUGGCUCCCAGCCGGAUUGCGCGCAGCGAGGGGUGCAGGGCGACGCCUGGCCCGAGGUCCUCAGCAGACAUGGAGGAGGCCCCUCUGCUUGGCGGGAUGUCCAGUCCCGAGGAGAUGGUGACAGACCUUUUCAGCGCAGACAGUCCGUUUGUUUCCGAAAACCUCACCCUGAGAGCCCCGGUGGUGGUGAAGCACGAGGAGGGCGAGUUCCACAUGUUUAAAGACGCGUACCUGAGCCCCGCGGACCCCACGGAGCCCCUCCUGCACGCGUUCAGCCCCCCGCUGCAGGCGGACUGUGAGACCCAGGGCAAAGCGGAGCUGGGGGGGGACGACCACGCCCAGGAGAUGCUGGCGGAGUACCCCGGCCUCCCCGACCUCAGCCCCCUGGAAGACGCCGUCCUGCCCGUGGCCCCGCAGCCGCAGGCCUACAACGUCCACUUCCUGUCCUCCCUGCUGGCCCCGCACAGGAGUCCCGCCGUCCUGCCCCUGGGCGCCUGGGCCAGGGAAGGAGCCACCCACCCCGGUGUCCGGGUGAUUCCAGUGGAAAUAAAGGAAGCCGGUGGCGCAGUUAUAAGUAACAACCCAGAGGAGGCAACUUUUCAGAACGCCCUUGGCCCCGAACCCUGUCACACGUUUGAGUCAUCCCAGGAAGCAGAGGAGGCCGCCGGCUGCUCUCUCAAGAAAGACUCUAACCCAAUGGUGAUAUGUCAGUUGAAAGGGGGCACACAAAUGCUGUGUGUAGACAAUUCUGGCACGAGAGAGCUGAAAGCAGUUCAUUUGGUUCCUCAGUAUCCAGACCAAAAUAACUACCUACAGUCAGAUGUCCCUAAACCAAUGACUACUUUAGUAGGAAGAUUUUUGCCAGUCCCAGCAAAAUUAAAUCUCGUUACACAACUCGAUAACGGAGCCUUACCAUCCAUAGUCAACGGGUCUACUGUCCCUUCAGGAUCCACCUUUCCAGGACCACCCAAAAUAUCUUUGGCUGGAGUAACUCUUAGUUCAUGGGACACAAAGUCUAAAAAGCCAUGUAACUGUACCAAAUCCCAGUGUCUGAAAUUGUACUGCGAUUGCUUUGCCAGCGGGGACUUUUGCCACAACUGCAACUGUAACAAUUGCUGCAACAACCUGUAUCACGAAGUCCAGCGGUUCAAGGCCAUUAAGGCAUGUCUCGAUAGGAACCCAGAAGCUUUCCAACCAAAGAUUGGGAAGGGGAAGCCGGGAGACGUGAAGCCUCGACACAACAAAGGCUGUAACUGCAGGAGGUCAGGCUGUCUCAAGAAUUACUGUGAGUGCUACGAGGCCAAAAUUAUGUGUUCUUCUAUUUGCAAAUGCAUUGGUUGCAAAAAUUAUGACGAAGGCCCAGAACGGAAAACCCUAAUGAGCAUGCCCUACCAUCCGGACGCUGGAGGGUUUGAAGGCAUCCCUCAUUUGUCACCAACUGAAUCCGCGGUACUGCCACAGUUCAGAAAAGACAGGCGACCCUCGUGCAUCUCCUGGGAGGUGGUGGAAGGCACGUGCUCCUGCCUGCUGGCCCAGGGCGAGGAGGCCGAGAAGGAGCGCUGCUCGGAACGCCUGGCGGAGCAGAUGAUCCUGGAGGAGUUCGGGAGGUGCCUGUCCCAGAUCCUCCGGAUGGAGUUUCAAUCCAAAGGGUUGGAAAUCGAGUAGAGUUCGGUGGAGAAAACUCUGAAGGCACAGAGACGUCGUCUGGAUGUGCCGGGGGGACGCGAGCCGGAGUUUGGAAGGGUUGUUUAAGGGGCUGCGGGGAAGGGGGGCAGCUUUCCGUCCGCAUCAGGGCGCCGAGGGGGCUGGCGCAGGGGCCGAGGGUCUCGGCCAUCAAAAGCCCCCUUUUUGAGGAAGUGCGGACGUGACACGCUGCCGUGUGGCCCUGGGGAGAGAGCGAGGACUCCUGUGAUGUCGGGAGAAACCUCUGCCCCGACGCCGAGGGAGGGAGGGUUGAAGGCUCUGCGGAAAAGUCUGUCCGUUCUCCCUGACUUCACCCCAUCUGGGUGGUUUUCCUCUGGAGGCUUCUCUGCCUAAAGAGCCACGGUGAGUUUUCACUAGUAGUAUUUUGAAAUGAACUCUCCAGAUGGGCUGCUAAGAUACAACUCAGACUAGAGAGGUACUGAAUACCUUGAGGCGUCCCUAAGCGUGGACACUUUCCCAGGGUCGCCCGCAAACUCUCCGUCUCUCUCAGGGCCCCCGUGAAACGCAGGCGGUGGGGUUGCGGGUUAUGGGACCAAAAACUAUCUAGUUUCUUAGGUGUUUUCGUUGGGUUGUGGAAAAGCUGUAUCAUCCAAUUAACUUUCUCCCUAAUUAUUGUUCUAAUAUUAUUAUUGUUCGUUAAAAUACUGUUAAGAUAACUGGUUUGCAGAAACCGGCAGGUGAGAUUGGUUAUUAAGUGGACUCUCUUUUGGUUCUGUUGUAAAAAGCAAAGAGGAUUAAAAUUUUCAAAUGCCUCCCCUUGUUGUAAUUAACUCGUCCAGUGAACAUAUAUACCCACCCGGCAGGUGUCCGUGUUUAUUGACAGUAUCGGGCCCUCCGAGCUCGUUUAGAAAGCUCGUUUACAAGCCGAGCGGUGCCGGAAGCGCGGAGCCCUUGAAGUUCUGACGGGGAACCACAGAGCGGGAGGGAAACAUCGAGUUCUUGGCCACUUCUUUCCCCCUCUGGCCCCUUGGGAUGGAGACUCCGUGGGCACAAUCCAGGGGCAGAGACGAGCACUGCCCUGGGGUGGUGGGGGGCUGUCCCCAGGCUGGUGCCUGGUUGUCCCGGUGCAUCCGGGGCGGAGCUGGAGCGGUGCGGGGGCGGGGGGGGGGGGAGCCCCGCCCACUUCACCCCUGGGGCUGGGAGGGGCCUGAAACGGGCUUCCCGACCCCUUCCUGGAGGGUGGCCUGCCUUCUGCGUCGCUCCCCAAGUGCUGCCCACGGCAUGAUCUGCAGGCCAAGGCCACACCGCUUUUAGAAAAUUCAGCAUGAGGAGGGAAAACCGGAGCAGAGCUGCGUGCGAAGCCAGCCCAGAGGCAUAAGUAGCACGACCAAAAGGAUACAUUACGUCUAUUGUUGCGGGUAGAGAGCCAGUGCCUUGUAAAACUACAUAAAAAUAAA